GCAACUUUAUAAACCAAAACAAAAAUGGCUAGUUGCAAUAUUCUGCGAUUUACAAUUCAUAAAUGUUCUAGUUAUUCAUCUACGUUUGUCCCCGAAAAUAUUCUAGUUGACAACCCAAGUGAUGGAACAUCAAGAUGGUCAUCAGAAUCUAAUAAUCCUCCUCAGUUCCUUAUCCUGAAAUUAUUCAAUCCGGCUGUUGUUCAAACAAUUAGCUUUGGGAAGUAUGAAAAAAGUCAUGUGUGUAACAUGAAAAAAUUCAAAGUUUGUGGUGGCCUUACGGAUAGUAGCAUGAUUGAACUACUUGACAGUGGCUUGAAAAACAACAAUCAGACAGAAGCAUUUGAUGUUAAGCAUAAAACUGGUGGAAAUAUGUUUGCUUGUCGAUAUAUUAAAAUAGUUCCCAUACAGUCUUGGGGACCCAGUUUUAACUUCAGUAUUUGGUAUGUGCAGUUGAAAGGAAUAGAUGACUGGGAUAUUGUGAAGUCUUGUGUGAGUUGGUUUAAUUAUUACCGUGAACGAGAAGUUAUUCGCCUGUGUCUGAAACAUUUUAGACAGCACAAUUACACAGAAGCAUUUGAAUCCUUACAAAAGAAAACACGUAUUCAACUGGAAGAUGAACUUCUGUCAAAACUACAUCGAUGUUUAGUUGUUGAAGGUGACUAUGUUGCUGUUGAAGAACUUCUGAAAUCUGCAGCAGAAGAUGGUUACCUAGACAACUUUUUAGAACAACAGACACAUAAAGCUAGAUGGAUUCCUCUGAUUCCUCCACCUAAAACUUCAGAAACUGAAGACAAUAGACCUGGAAUGAGAGGGGGUCAUCAGAUGUGCAUUGAUGUACACACAGAAAAUAUUUACUUAUUUGGUGGAUGGGAUGGAACAACUGACUUAGCAGAUUUAUGGUGUUACCAUAUUCCAACAGGCACAUGGACUUGUCUGUCAAGAGAUACAACUCUUCAGGGUGGACCUACUCCUCGUUCGUGUCAUAAAAUGUGCCUUGAUCCUGAAAGGAAAAAAAUCUUCACUAUAGGCCGCUACCUUGAUUCUUCAAUGAGAGUUCCAAAAUAUAUGAAGAGUGACUUUUAUGUGUAUGAUAUUGAUUCCAACCAGUGGACUUUAAUUACUGAUGAUACAGCUGCCAUGGGAGGCCCAAGUUUAGUUUUUGAUCACCAGAUAUGCAUGGAUGUUGAGAAGAAUACCAUAUAUGUUUUUGGUGGAAGAAUUCUAACAAGCAUUAGUCCUCUGUCAAGUGAUGACAGCAUCUGUACUGAACCUGUUUUUAGUGGAUUAUUCUCCUACCAUGUCCCAACAAACGCUUGGUGUAAACUUCGUGAUGAUUAUCCCAAGCCACAUCACGAUGAUCAAGAAAUUAAAUCCAGAAUAGGUCAUUCUAUGCUAUUUCAUGAAAAAAAACGUUUGUUAUACAUAUUUGCUGGACAGAGAUCAAAGGAAUAUUUAAGUGACUUUUUCACAUAUAAUGUGGAUACAGACAGAAUACACGUAAUUUGCGAUGGAACUGAUGUAGAGGUUCCACCUGCAGGAUUUACUCAAAGAGCUACAAUUGAUCCAGAAUUAAAUGAAAUACAUGUUUUAUCUGGCUCUAAUAAGGAUAAAAGAGAAGAAUAUGUCAAAAAUUCAUUUUGGGUGUAUGAUAUUAUUAACAAUAAAUGGUCUUGUAUUUACCAAAGUGAUAUUAAAGAGAUUGAAAAUUCUAGCAAAGCUGAACGUCCUUUAGAACCUUGCCCGAGGUUUGCACAUCAACUUGUUUAUGAUCAUGUAAAAAAAGUUCACUACUUAUUUGGAGGAAAUCCUGGCAAAUCUAACUCUCUGAAGAUGAGAUUGGACGAUUUUUGGUCACUACAUCUUUACCGCCCAACUAAAGAAAUGCUGCUCAGACAGUGCUCCCGAAUAAUUCGUCAACAUAAGUUUCAAGAAAUAGCUGCAAGAGACCAAAUCGAAGCUCUGCAUUAUUUACAAACUGAACUUGCUAGUACAAUAGAUCACAAGAAUUCUGAUGAAACAAAAGAAUUCCAGCUGUUGGCAUGUAACUUAUUCAAAGAAAAAGAAAGUGAAGUGAAAGAUGAAUUAAGUGUUGAUGAAACUUACAAUCAUAGAAGCCAAUUAUUUGAUCAACUAAUAGAUUUUUUCCCUGAUCAUAUGACUCAACCAAAAGACAAUCUCCUUGAUCUCAUUUGUCUCUGAAGUUUCUCAUAUUGGAAAACAAGACUGUACAUUUGUAGUGCAUGGCUUUUUGUGCCGUUGUAAAUUCUGUAUGAAGUAUGAGUGUAAAAAAUGUGCCUUCUAUUUUUGAAAUAUUCAAGGUUGCUGCAGUUGAGGCUUGUAAAUAAAAGAUGUUGAUUUCUUUUUGAAACUGUUGUGUUCCUAUUUACUGUACAGAAUUUUUUUCUCCGUUCUCUGUUACUCUGAAAUUAAUAAGAUAUUUUUACUUCUAAGAUAUUAAUAUUAUUGUAGCUUAAAAAUAAUUUUAAUUUUUGGGCCUAACUUCAGAUGUUGAAAUAUAGUUCCGCUACAUCAAACAGAUGCAUAUUUUAAUCAACAAAGCCAAUGAACUAACAUAUUUUUUAGAUCUUGGAUUGUUGAGUUAUUACUUAUAGUUAUCAACUGUUAUUAGUAUUCUUUAAUUUUUGAAUGCUUAAGUUGGUGAUAUUUUAACACUUUAAAAAUGUUUUGUGCUGAGGUUUUUUAAUUCUACACAGUGAUUACUUUGUUAUUAUGAUAUAUUUCUAGUCACUAACAUAUUUUAAUUGAAAUCCUUGUUAAUUUUUUUUCUUCAU